GGAGUGAAAUCUUUGAUCACGUCCCGCUUCUCAAACCUUGAAAAUUGCUUCUUCGGACUGGAGAUCCAAUGCGUAAGACUCUCUCUCAUCGUCGUGUUCCGCCGUCAUCAUUAUUACCAAGAGUCCUCGUAAUCUCUCUCUCUCUUUCUCUCUCAAAAGAUUAUCAUCAUCGUAAUCUUGUAACUCCCGGAGACACCUGCGAUGAUGCGUGAUGAAUGAAGGCAUCGAUUCGUGCAUGGCCCGACGGCGCGCGCGAUCACCAAGAACAUUUUAAUGAGAUUCAUUCAUGACAGACAACACGAAUGCAUGUUUGCGUCUCGUGGGCUACUCCUUCAACGUAUGUGUAUUUAUGCACGCCCACUUCCUCACAAUUCGGAUCUAUUUAAUGAGCCGAUUACGUGAAGGUGAUUAGAUAGGUGGUGCAUUCAUCGAAGAUUUCUUCAUGGUUGGCCAUGGCAAGGUCACUCAAGUCCUGGUGCAAUUAUGAAGCAGCGGCUAAAGAAGAAGACGACCCUUUCUUCUUCCCUACCCUCCUCUCACCCGAUUUCAGUGGAAACGGAUGUACUGCACUGGAUUGGAACUGUUAUUUGCCAUUUGAUCAUCAAGAGAGCCUUUGGGAAGCUCCUCCUCUGAUCACAGGCUUCCCACUGGAUCCUUUGUGCCCUCAAGUUCUUGAUUUUGAGCACAACCCUCCCGAUGCUAUUCAAGGUAGUGUUGAUUCUCAAAAUUAUUCUGCAAAUGGGACGGUGAUCUUCGAGGAGAUGGGUGCACAGAACGUGCCCACGAAACGUGUUCUGUUACUCCAUAACAGUGGCCAAGAAAACGGGCACAGUGAAGUGUGUGGUGGUGACAAGAGACGCGCGGAAGACAAGAGUGAUAGCCACGGCAAUAGCAGAAUGCUGUCGAGGGAGCAAAUAUCGCAAUACUUUUACAUGCCGAUAACCCGAGCGGCGAAGGAGCUCAACAUCGGGUUGACCCUCUUGAAGAAACGGUGUCGAGAGUUAGGCAUCCGGCGGUGGCCCCACCGGAAGUUGACGAGCCUCCGCACUCUCAUCAAGAAUGUCCAGGGAAUGGGAGGAGAAUCGGAGAACGAGCAGCAGCUCAGGAAGGUGGUGAAUUUGCUUGAGCUAGAGAAGAAGCUAAUGGAGGAAUUCCCUGAUAUACAGCUAGAGGAUAAGACAAAGAGGCUGAGACAAGCCUGUUUCAAAGCAAACUACAAGAAGAGGAAGCUGGUUGGGCUGAUGGACUCAGGAAGCGCUUCUUCUAAAAGCAGCCCAACUGCGGAAUACGAGGGCACGGGCACGAGCACGGGUACUGCAGAUGAAGAGGACGUGAGAUCUCUCUUGUUUGAUGACUCUCCUUCAUGUAGUAGUACUAUAUGAUUGUCCUAAAUCUGAGAAAAGACCCUGUUUGAUCCGGUAUUUUACUGUACCAACAUGUCGGGGGAAAAGAAUUGUGCUGUCCACCUCAG